AUGCCGGAACCCACAAAAUCUGCCCCUGCCCCAAAGAAGGGCUCGAAGAAGGCCAUCACUAAAGUCCAGAAGAAGGAUGGCAAGAAACGCAAGCGCAGCCGCAAGGAGAGCUACUCGGUGUACGUGUACAAGGUGUUGAAGCAGGUCCACCCCGACACCGGCAUCUCCUCUAAGGCCAUGGGUAUCAUGAACUCCUUUGUGAACGACAUCUUCGAACGCAUUGCUAGUGAGGCCUCCCGCCUGGCGCAUUACAACAAGCGCUCCACCAUCACGUCCCGGGAGAUUCAGACGGCUGUUCGCCUGCUGCUCCCCGGGGAGCUGGCCAAGCACGCAGUGUCUGAGGGUACAAAGGCCGUCACCAAAUACACUAGCUCCAAGUAA